AUGGCAGCCAUCUGCACUGAACCUGGAUGCAUGGAAAACAUCAAGUGCUGGACAGACUGGAUGGACCGUGACAACCCAACUGGAACUGGAGACUGGGAGACUGUCAGUGACCUGAAGACGGAGUACCCCAACGCUAUGUGCCCCAAUGCCACUGCCAUCGAGGUGGCAACUGUGGAUGGCAUCAGCCUGAAUAAUGCAGGCAAUGUGUUUCAUGUGAAUGAUCACAUCACUGGGCUCAUCUGUAAGAACGCAGAUCAGGAGAGAUGCUUCUGCCGGGACUACAAAGUCCGUUUCCUCUGCCACCCUCCAUUCUGUGCUGACCUGCAAAACAUGUGCUGGACACCGUGGUUUGACCGUGACAAUCCCGGCGGUUACGGGGACUGGGAGACGCUGACGGAACUGUGGAAAGAACACCCUGGUCAGAUCUGCGCCAAUCCCAUCGCCAUCGAGAGCAGGACUGUGGACACAGACACUCCUGCGACCAUUACUGGUCAAGACUUCUCACACUACUCUCCGACGGUCGGGUUUGUUUGCAAGAACGGGCCCAACCAACGCUGCCAGGAUUACAAAGUCCGUUUUAGGUGUCCUUGUGUCUUUGGAAAACUGGCUCUUGAGAAGGACGAUUCUGUAUCCAUUAGAGACCCAUAAGGGCAUGACUGCAUGUUACAACAUGUAAAAAAUGGUGAAGCAAUGAUACGUGUUGAUAAGGUUAGUUUUUUUUGUAAAAGCACUGACAGCUGUUGUUGUUGAUGUCUCUUCA